CAAACAAACUCGGAAUUUCAAAACGUGGUGGGAAACUUAAAUAUCUUGAUAAAUUUGAUGCACAAUUUUUUAGAGCUAGCUCAAAACUUGCCAACUCUAUGGACCCAUCAAGUAGAAUAUUGUUAGAACAAACAUAUGAAGCAAUUGUAGAUGCAGGUAUUAAUCCGAUACAAUUGAAAGGAAGUAAAACUGGUGUUUACAUUGCUUCAAUGUUUAUAGACGGUGAAAAAGCAUUAAUAUCAAGUGAUAAUGAUGACGAACUUGGUUAUGCUGCUAUUGGAUGUAGUAGAGCUCUACAAGCAAACAGAAUAAGCUAUAAUUUUGGAUUUAUUGGUCCAAGUUAUGCAGUUGAUUCUGCUUGCUGUUCAACUCUUGUUGCUUUAGAGCAGGCAAUGAAAGCAAUCAAAAGUGGUGAUUGUGAAUCAGCAAUUGUUGGUGGGCUCAAUCUUUGUUUAAAUCCUCGUUUAACCAAUAAAUUUAAUAAACUACGUGUUUUAUCUGCUGAUGGAAAAUGCAAAACAUUUGACGAUAGAGCAGAUGGAUAUGUUCGAAGUGAGACAGUUGCUGUAUUGUUUCUUCAAAAAUCUGACGUUGCAAAACGUAAAUAUGCUACAGUUGUUAACUGCAAAUCUAACAGUGAUGGAUUCAAAGAUUGCAGUAUCACUUAUCCAUCAUAUACUAUGCAGCAUAGACUUUUCCAUGAACUUUAUAAUGAAUGUGGUGUGUCACCAAACUCUGUUGAUUAUGUCGAAGCACAUGGAACUGGUACAAAAAUUGGUGAUAUGGUAGAAACCAACUCAAUUGAAUCAGUGUUCUGUGUAAGUAGAUCGAAACCUCUAUUGAUUGGUUCAAUUAAAUCAAAUUUAGGUCAUUCUGAGGCAGCUAGUGGAAUGUGUUCAAUUGCUAAAAUUAUCAUUGCCAGUGAAUCGGGAAUAAUUCCUCCGAAUUUAAAUUUUGAAGCACCCGCAAAAGAUAUUAAAGGUAUCAUUGAAGAAAAAAUGAAAGUUGUUACUGAUCCAGAACCAUGGAAUGGUGGAUACAUUGGUAUUAAUUCAUUUGGUGUAGGUGCAACUAAUGCUCAUGUUUUAUUAAAGUCAAAUGACAAACAAAAAAUGAAUGGUGGUGCACCAGCGGAUGAUCUUCCAAGAAUUGUUGUUAUUUCUGGAAGAACAAAUGAAGCUGUUGAAACAUUUUUAACCAGUAUCGAAAAUAAUCCAGUUGACGUUGAAUACAUUAGACUUUUACAUGACAUUCAUGCUCUAGAUAUUCCAAAGCAUAUUUAUCGUGGUUAUUCCAUUCUCAGUAAAAAUAAAAAUUCUAAUUGUUUUCCAAGAGCAAUUGAACAAUAUGUGGCAACAAAACCGCCAAUUUAUUUCAUCUUUUCUGGAAUUGAGUCACAAUGGCCAGCCAUGGGAAUAGCUUUUCUUCGUUUUCCAAUAUUCGCCAAGGCAAUUCAAAUAUGUGACCGUAUUUUGCGCCCAAAAAAUAUUGAUAUUUAUAAUAUUUUAACAAAUCCUGCUGCUGAUGUUUGCAGUGAUAUUAUAAAUUCAAGUGUUGCAAUUACUGCACUGCAAAUUGGUUUGGUUGAUUUGUUGACAUCAUUAAAUAUUGUUCCAGAUUUCAUAAUUGGAAAUUCUAUUGGCGAAUUAGCUUGCGCUUAUGCAGAUGGAUCUUUAACAAUAUGUCAAACAAUAUUGGCUUCUUAUUUUAGAGCUCAUGCAUUGACUCAAAUAAAAUCGAUACCUGCAUCUAUGGCUACUAUUGAAUUAGGCCACACUGAUGUCAAAAAAAUGUGUCCUUCAGAUAUACAAAUUUCUUGUCACAAUAGCUCUAAUAGUACAACUGUUUUAGGACCGAUCGACUCAGUAAAAGCAUUCGUAGCCAAACUAACUGCUAAAAAAAUUCCUGUCAAAGAGAUAAAUUAUAAUAACAUUGCUCAUCACAGUCGCUACGUUGCUCAAGCUUAUCCAUUACUUUUGAAUUAUUACAAAGAGCUUAUUCCUGAAAAAAAAGUUCAUUCUUCAAAGUGGCUCAGCACUUCUGUACCACAAAGCCUAUGGUCUUCAACAAAUCAAUUUUCUUCAGCAGAAUAUCAUGCCAAUAAUUUUGUUAGUCCAAUUUUAUUCGAACAAGUAUUUUCUUUAAUUGAAAAAAAUUCAAUUAUCAUUGAAAUUGUUCCAAGUGAAUUUGUUGAAUCAAUUUUAAAAAAUUCACCUGAUUCAACUAUGUCAAAUAUUGUCUUGGCAAAAAAAAAUCAUCAUGAUAAUGUUAUAACUUUUCUCGAAGGAAUAGGAAAAUUAUUCAUAACUGGUCAUCAACCUAAUGUUGCCAAAUUAUAUCCUGAUAUUGAAUUUCCAGUAUCAAGAGGAACACCAAUGAUUUCACCACUUGUUAAAUGGGAUCAUUCUGAUGACUGGUAUGUCCCAACAUACACAGCAUAAAUAACAAGAGAAAAUAUAUGUGAUACGAUUUGAAAAUCAUUCAUUAUAAAUAUACCUUGGUUUAUGUUGACUAUUAAAAUGAUACAUUUAAUUCAAUUUAUCUUUCAUCAGAUCUGUUCUUCAUCGAUUCAAAAUAUAUACUAAAUUAUAUACAAAUUAUUCCCGAGGGGUUGGGAAUGAUUGUUGAAGAGGAAGAGGGUGUAAUACCUAUAUCAUAAUACUCGUUAAAAACAUAUUAGUGAAAGUCCAUUAUGAGAUAAGUAUAAAAUAAUGUGAAGUAUCAACAAUAAGACUCGAGGCAAUUCACUCGUUAGUUUUGUCUAAUUACAAAAUGAAAAAUAUUUCAAUGUAUGAGUCACGUUUUUCAUAUCAUUACUUAUUUUAUUAUUACCGACAUACCAACAUUUUGCAUCAAAUAAUAAUUACACACGUUAUAUUAUACUACAACAACAAAAUAUAAAAAAAAUAUAAUUUAUAUAAUGAAAUAUAAUAUUAAAAUAAAUAUUCUAGAUAUUUUUAAUUAUAUAUUUUUUUACUUUUCUUACGAACAUGAAAAAUAUAUAUAAAAACUCAAAAA